AUGCAUUUAAUAGACUCCCUAAAACAAUCAAACAAUGAUAUAAGAAUCCUUUGGUUUUCGGUAUUCAUCCGUAUGACUAGUUAUGGCUUGACUAAUCAAGUUCUUACGUUAUAUCUUGAAGAAUUAGGGGUAUCUCAACAGAAUAUAGGUGUAUUCAUGACAUUAACUCUUGUGGGUGAUACUAUCAUAUCUUAUUUCCUCACUUGGUAUGCCGAUAGAAUAGGAAGAAGAGUAGUAAUGAUAAUUGGUACUGUUAUGAUGUUUGUAUCAGGACUUACAUUCACAUUUUCUUCUCAUUUUAUAUUACUUUUGAUAGCUGCUACAAUUGGAGUCAUUUCACCAUCGGGGGAUGAAACAGGUCCAUUUAAAUCAGUUGAAGAAGCUUCCAUUGCUCAUUUAACUCCGGAUAAUCAUCGUCCUGAAGUGUUCGCAUUUUAUGGUUUAUUUGCCACGGUUGGUGCUGCAGUAGGGUCUUUAUCUUGUGGUUUGUUGGUUGAUUAUUUGAAUUUACAAUUGAAUUAUGAUAUCGAGACGUGUUAUCGUGCUGUAUUUUUAAUUUAUUCGAUUAUUGGUGUUUUAAAGUUUAUUAGUAUGUUAUUCUUGAGUCAAAAGUGUGAAGUUAAUCAUGCUAGAAGAGAUUCAUUUAAUUUACUUAGUCAGGAAGUAGACGGCAAUGACAGUACUGAAGAAGAUCAAAUAGACGAGGAAGAUGAACAAGAAGACGACGAAGACGCGAUAGAAGGAGUAUCAUUUAAUUUUACAGGGCUUUCUCCAACCACACGAUAUUAUUUACCAAGACUUUUAAUAAUCUUCAUGCUAGAUUCUUUUGGAUAUGGUUUUAUGCCAUCAGCGUGGAUUAUUUAUUAUUUAAAGAAAACAUUUCAAAUAACUGCUAGUGGAUUAGGAACAUUAUUCUUCAUUACCAAUUCAAUUGAUUCAAUAACAACUUUACCUUCGGCUUGGUUAGCCAAGUUAUUAGGUCCCGUUAAAGCCAUUUUAUUUACUCAAGCUCCUUCAGCUGUUAUUUUCUUUUUAAUUGCUUACGUAUCUAAAUUCCCUAUUGUUGCUAUAUUAUUAGUAUUAUACUAUUCUGUAUCGACAAUGGAUAUUGUGCCACGUCAAAUAUUAUUGACAUCAAUUAUGCCUCAAGAUGAAAUAACGAAAGUUAUGGGGAUUGUUAAUAUUGGAAAAACAUUUGCUAGAUGUAUUGGACCAGUAUUUACAGGAAGAUUAGCUGCGAAUCAACUUUUGUAUGUUGGGUUUAUUAUUAAUGGGGUUUGUACUUUGGUUGCUGAUAUAAUAUUGGGAUUAAAUUUCUUACAUCUAGAUCAAGAAAUUUUAGAAAAGCAAAGUGUAGUCGUUAAUAUAGAGUGA